CCGGCUGCAGCUGCGCCCGCUCCCGGGCGGUGCCGGCGCGAUGUCGGGCUUCAGCCCGGAGCUGAUCGAUUACCUGGAGGGGAAGAUCUCCUUCGAGGAGUUCGAGCGGCGGCGAGAGGAGCGCAAGAGCCGCGAGAAGGCUGGAGCAAUGAGCAGAAGCAGGUUUGAGUAUCAUCCAGCACACACUGCUACCUCUCCCCCACCAUCUUCUGUGUGGGAUCCAUGGAAGACAUCCAGUUUGACUCCUUUUGGUAACCGUUGUGGCUUCCUGGCAGCAAUAAACACAGGGAGACGCAGCUUUGCGUCUAAAAGAUGGCGAAAAUGCGUCGGCUGAGGAAAACACUGAAGAUGUAGAGGCUCCAUCUUCAUCCAGAAAAGCAUCUGGGAAAUCUCAAAGUCAGGAUGAAACUGAUGGAGAAACUGCAGAUGGCGUCAGUAAAUCUGUUCAUCGGGUCUUUGCGUCCAUGCUUGGGGAAAAUGAAGAGGAGGAGGAGGAUGAAGAGGAAGAGGAAGAAGAAGAAGAGGAAGAAGAAACUACUGAGCAACCCACAGCUGGAGAUGUUUUUGUGUUGGAGAUGGUACUUAAUCGAGAGACCAAGAAAAUGAUGAAAGAGAAAAGACCUCGCAGCAAACUUCCUCGUGCCUUGAGGGGGCUGAUGGGAGAGGCCAACAUCAGGUUUGCUCGAGGAGAGCGUGAGGAGGCUAUUCUAAUGUGCAUGGAAAUCAUUCGACAAGCUCCUCUUGCUCAUGAGCCCUUUUCUACUCUUGCCAUGAUCUAUGAAGACCAAGGCGAUAUGGAGAAGUCAUUACAGUUUGAACUGAUUGCAGCUCACUUAAAUCCUAGUGAUACCGAGGAAUGGGUUAGACUAGCAGAAAUGUCACUGGAACAGGACAAUAUCAAACAGGCUGUUUUUUGCUACACAAAAGCUCUGAAAUAUGACCCAACCAAUGUGCGUUAUCUAUGGGAGAGAUCAAGCCUCUACGAACAGUUGGGGGAACAUAAGACGGCUAUGGAUGGCUACAGACGUAUUUUGAAUCUCCUGUCUCCCUCUGAUGGAGAGCGCUUUAUGCAGUUGGCUAGAGACAUGGCAAAGAGUUAUUAUGAAGCCAAUGAUGUGACCUCUGCUAUUGAGAUAAUAGAAGAAGCCUUCACUAAACACCAGAGCCUUGUCUCCAUGGAAGAUGUUAAUAUCGCAGCCGAGCUGUAUAUUUCUUCCAAACAGUAUGACAAAGCAUUGGCGGUUAUUACAGAUUUUGCAGGAAUUGUACUUGAAAAGAAAGUAUUGGAAAAAAGUGCAACCGAGGCGAAAAAAGAUACAGGGGCAGUGGCAGAAACCCAAGAAAGCCAGGAAGCAGUGACUGAUGACCAGAAUCAUCCAGUUGCUGAAUCCAGUGCUGCAGCUGCGGAGAAGGUCAGCUGCCGCAUACCUGAGGGCGUUCCCAUAGACAUCACGGUCAAGCUGAUGGUGUGCCUGGUUCACUUGAACAUCCUAGAGCCACUCAGUCCUCUUUUGACCACUCUGGUGGAACAAAAUCCAGAAGAAAUGGGUGACUUGUAUUUGGACGUCGCAGAGGCAUUUCUGGAUGUUGGGGAAUACAACUCAGCACUGCCUCUCUUGAGUUCCCUUGUCUGCUCAGAACGAUACAACUUGGCUGUCGUCUGGCUCCGGCACGCGGAGUGCUUGAAGGCUUUGGGACACAUGGAGCGUGCUGCAGAGAGCUAUGCCAAAGUUGUUGAUCUUGCUCCAUUGCAUCUGGAUGCAAGAAUCUCACUUUCAACACUUCAGCAGCAGCUGGGCCGACCUGAAAAAGCCCUGGAGGCUCUGGAACCCAUGUAUGAUCCAGAUACACUGGCUCAGGAUGCUAACGCUGCCCAGCAGGAAUUAAAGUUACUCCUCCAUCGUUCGACCCUGUUGUAUUCCCAAGGCAAAAUGUAUGGUUACAUAGACACUUUACUUACGAUGCUGGCAAUGCUGUUGAAGGUAGCAAUGAGCAGAGCUCAGGUGUGUUUGAUAUCUAGUUCCAAAUCUGGAGAGAGACACCUCUAUCUUAUUAAGGUGUCAAGGGAUAAAAUUUCUGACAAUGACGACCAAGAGACAGCAAAUUGCGAUGCAAAAGCAAUUUUUGCUGUUCUCACGAGUGUUCUGACAAAAGAUGACUGGUGGAACCUCCUCCUGAAGGCUAUAUAUUCCUUAUGUGACCUCUCCCGGUACAAGGAGGCAGAGCUACUAGUGGAUUCCUCAUUGGAAUAUUAUUCAUUUUAUGAUGACAGACAAAAACGCAAGGAGCUGGAAUACUUUGGGCUCUCUGCUGCAAUUUUGGACAAGAACUUCAGAAAAGCCUACAACUACAUCAGAAUUAUGGUAAUGGAAAAUGUCAAUAAACCUCAGCUAUGGAACAUAUUCAAUCAAGUUACCAUGCAGUCUCAGGAUGUCCGUCACCAUCGCUUUUGUCUCCGCUUAAUGCUGAAAAAUCCUGAUAAUCACGCAUUGUGUGUCCUAAACGGGCAUAAUGCAUUUGUAUCUGGCAGUUUCAAGCAUGCUCUUGGACAGUACGUACAAGCCUUUCGUGUAAACCCAGAUGAACCUCUGUACAGUCUUUGUAUUGGCUUGACUUUCAUCCACAUGGCUUCUCAGAAAUACGUGUUGAAAAGGCAUGCUCUUCUAGUGCAGGGAUUCUCCUUCCUUCACCGGUACUUGGACCUGCGUGGACCAUGUCAGGAGUCUUUCUACAACCUUGGCCGUGGCCUUCACCAGCUGGGAUUGCUGCACCUGGCAAUCCACUAUUACCAAAAAGUCCUCGAACUUCCUCCUCUCACCUUAGAGGGAAUAGAAACUGAUCAGACAGACUUGAGAAGAGAUACAGCCUUUAAUUUGUCGCUUAUUUAUCAGAGCAGUGGAAAUACUAGAAUGGCUCAAAAGAUGUUGUAUACCUACGCAGUGGUAUGAUGAGGUUUGUGGCAGGUGGAAUUGAUACUCUUUGUGUAAUUAACCUUUGCAUUACGCAGUGCUGGGGAAACUGGUUGUAUGUACAGCUUUUUCUGUCAUUGGUCAGAGAUGUGGCUUGUGCUGGAUAGAGCUUUCUGGACUCUUUCUACUUUGGACAUUUGAACUGUAUUGGACAUGGAUGGAAACGGUCUGAGUGCAACGCUGAUGUGCUCCAGUGUGUCUGUUAUUAGCUCUUCUCCUUGCACUGCUCUGUAAUCUGAUACUUGGCCUCGUAUAUAGAAUCAAACAGUGAAAACUGAAGCCCAGUGGGUUGGUUUUUUUUUUAAGGAAGAUUUACAAUGUGCAAUAUUACAACUAGUUACCAGUGAGGCUGUUCAAGAAGCCAUAUUCACUGGUGAUGAGGGUUUUUUAAUGUACGGUAUUAAAUUACUGUAAUAUAGAAGAAACAGGCUCAUACUAAUCCAGAGAAGAUGGAGAACUCAGUAUUUCAAGAUCUUUAAAGUAUUCCGAAUUUUCUAGGAGUUCAUAUUCCUAGCAGCUGUUGUAUUUGAAGGAGAUGAUUGAUUUCUGUUUUACUGUGAAAUCAGUGUGACCUUUGUUCUUCUGAACUUGUUAAUAAAAAUUCUGAGGUUAAUGAUAAUGUUUACUCAUCCUCAGCAAACAUAUAUCCUACUGAAUAGCUUAUAGCAAAAAUUAAUACAAUAAUAUUAUACAGCUUAUUAUUUAACAUACAUUGCAAAUGGUCUGGGUAUUUAUUUCUGACAGUUGAAAAGUAGCAUAUGAUGGUGGAAGUAUGUUGCUUCCAACCCAGCAAGAGAAGCAAUGCUUUAUCAUAAGUUAAAAAAAGAGUAUAUAGUUCUAUGUAUAUAUAGAAAUGUGGAUGUAUGUUAUGCGCUACAGCAAACUAAGGCUGAAAAAUAUUUUUCAGCAAGGUAGUUUGCUGAAAAGAAAACAAACUGUGCUGGUGCCUCCCAAACACUCUUGUUACCGUGUCACAGCUAACUACUGCUAUUUGCUUUCAGCCCACUUCUGUAUGUAUUUGUGCUCUGUAAUCAUCUCACACAAUUGCAAUUGGUGAUUAAGAAACAAGUCUUGUGGAGUUGCCUAGACCAAUUCUAAAGGUAAGGCAAUUUUAUCUCAAACCAAACAUUAAGUUACAAUAUAUCGCACGUCCCCUUCACGAGAGAUAUGCUGGGCCAUAGUGAGAAUACAAAGGUAAGAGACAAAUACCAAGAAAGUCUCACUAACUCAGAAAAGUACAGCAUGUUUUACUUGGAAAUAGUACUGGGCAGCACUGCCCAAAUACAAGUCCCUUGCCAAGUUUGCAGAACUAUAAACGCAGAACGUUUUAGUUACAUUAGCCUGGGGUAUUCAUAGGCUGCAGAAGAAGGGAGAGAAUGACUCCCUUACCACCAUUUCCUUUUUCAUUCUUUGUGAUACCUCAUCACUGUUUUUUGACAUGAUAGCCAAUUGUUGCAUCAUCUUGGGGUAAAAAUUCUUCUGUUCAUUAUUCUUUAUUGGCCUCUUCACAUCUUAUAACCCCAUUGAUUUUUUUUCUUCUUGCAGCGAAUGACUUCUGUCUCUUCCUAUGACAAAAGUUUUAUAAUGUCCCAGAAAUACAGCCCUCAGCACUGAGCUAAUGCUUAGAAAACAGAAGCCAGAGAUGCAGUACAGAUUCCCUUUACAUUAUUCUUUUCCAGAACCGAGUCUGAAAUACUCAGAAUCCUCUUGCUUGUACAUUUUUUUAAAUAGACUUGACAUAGAAGAAGGUUAUGUGGUGGGGUUUUUUUUAAGAAUUGUCUUAAAAAUUAACCAACAUCAAGGCAUUACUAUUAAUUCCUUUAUUUGUGAUCCCUACUCCUGCUAGAAUUCUGAAGUAGUUUAGUUUUUAAAGCUAGGAGGUAUGAAUCUUUAGCAUUUGUACAAAUAAAAAGGAAAAAUACAAUCUGAAUGCUGAUGAUGCAUGUCUCAAACUGCUUUCUAAAUUGUUUUUAAGCGCCAAAUAACAGAAAUUAGCAUUUAAUUAAACCCAGUCAAUAUGGACUGGAAAACUCGUACUGUUAGAAAAUAGUGUUCUGAAAGGAUGUUCUAAACAAUUUUGAGUAUCUGGAAGGACGGGAUGCUACUUGUCUCAAUGCAAAAUAUCUAAAGCUUUCUCAAAUGCUUGUGAAAAAAAAAAGUAUCUAUGAAGACAGAACUUACAUUUUUUCCGUAGCUAUAUCCAACUUGCAUUUAUGGUUAUGAGAUAACCAGUAUGCUACUUAGAUUUCACUUUUACACCAUAUUACAAAUAUGUUAUAUUGUAAUGGUGCAGUAGUAACAGAUUAGACAAGACUCAAGACGAAACAGACACUGUAGGAAUGUGAGCUCCCCAGUAGAAAAGACAUUUAAACAGGCUCCACCCCAGUGAACUGACCUGCAAAGCACAGAACAUGAGAUGUGUACAGAAAUUACAUAUGCUAAUCUAGGCUUUAAGAACGUAGCCGUACUGUCCAGUACAGAAUUAGGUAAGUUUUAAACCAUGUUUCACGUGCAAUACUACUAAUAAAGUGCCUUUACAUUGGAAUUCUUUUUCAAACAAUGAAGUUGUGACCAUGUAUUGCACAUUUCAUCAUUGUACUUUAGGUAAGGGAUGGAGAAUACACAGGGGAUUGUGAGUUUGAAACACAAAUACUUCUUGGAAUAUGAGCACCUGUAUGGGAUUUAUUUUGGCACGCACUAUAUUCACAUUUAGGCUUCCCUGGCUGUAGCUUGUUUUAAGGAUGCUCACAAGACAAUGAAUAACACUGGGGGAGAUGAACCCAGCACCUUUUCUAAUUCUCCUUCACAGUAAGGACUAUUUUACUGAAAUGUAAAAUGUUGUGUGGGAACAAACAGCAAGGCAGGAAAAGCUUGAUAUCCAGCCAUUACAAUUUUUGGAAAGCCUUCAUAAAUUGUUGAAAACAAGAGACUAAGAGGGAGAGAAUACUUAGACAAAUGCCAGCCUCACCUGUCAGCAUGUUCGGAAUAUUCCUCAGGCGUCACUAAGAGAUUUAGUAACAGUUUCAGUCAAACACACUACGUAGAUUGUCAAACUACUUGGUGUAACCAUGCUAAUUUUGUUAGCUGCUUAUUGCUGAAGAGCUAUUUUAUAUAAAACACUAAUUCAAGUAAAAGACUGCUCAUAAAAGCAUCUACUGAUUGUCUUAAAAACUGAAUCAUUUGUACUUACCUGAUAG